CGACUCCAACAACGGCAUCCUCUGCCUCCGCCACGCUCGCCAGCCUCGUCGCCGCAGUCCGCCCGCCGGCACACUGCCGCGCCGCCAUCGACUCAACAAGAGCCCGGCGCCCAAGGUUACCUUGUGCGGCUGCUACGCGUGGUCCAAUCCGCCCGUGCGGCCGAGCGCGAGCGCGACAUGGCCGACUUUCUCGCGGGCUUCAACUUCGGCGCCGAUGACGCCCUUCCCGCCGCGCCGUCGGCCUGCAACUCCAUCGAGGAUCUCCAGCUGCGCCUGCACGACGUCCUCGAGGGCAAGACGACACCGAAUCGCGCCGAGCAUGUCACCGCCACAGUCGACCUCGGCGCCGGAGCGGAGCUGACGCUCGACAUUUCCCACGCUGAGAAUGACGCCCUCGAGGGCCUAAGCAAUGUCGACCCCUCGCUGGCCGGCCUCAUCUCAGGCGGCGCCGUCGGUGACGGACAGCAAGGGGCCUUGAACCGCACCGUGAGGGUGUCCGAUGUCAUCUCCAACCAGCCCCAGGACUACCCCGUCCUCCAGCGAGCCAUCGCCAGGCACAUCAUCGCCGCCGUAGGCGCCACCGAUGGCAGCACAUGGGCCAUGCGCGAGAUGUCCCGCGCCAGUCAAGGGUGGACCUUCACCUACCAGUGCAAGGACUCGGCGCAGCAGUGGCUGCGCCAGAACAAGACCAAUUCCAAACAUAUCAUCGCCGAGUACACCAACAAGGAGCCCGACCCGGUCCUCGCCAGCCGACCGGCGUUUGACUGUCGCGGCUCCGUCAGGAUAUCCUUCUCCCGCGACAACCGCGCCAUAUCCGUGAGCUACACUCACACGCCGCUGCACAGGACCGUCGCAGAGAUUGCCGAGCUCUUCCGCCCACCGCCGCGGGAGACGGCACCCCCCAAGCCAGCCAAGCAAAGGACUCCCAAGAACUCGGGCGCCAGCAAAAAGCGCAACGGACCACGAUCGAAAGACGAGACGGGGACACCCAGGAAAAGGAAGAAGAAGAAUAACGGCGAUGCGCAGGCGGCAACGGGCGCAGAUGAGCAACCCCUGGGUGAACUGGCACCGAACGGAGGCGAAGGCUCUGGUGCGAGUGGUCCACAGAAUGGCCAGGCCCCAGCAGACUCUACUGCAGCCACGGGAUCUUUCCCGAUCAAUAUCACUCCCGAGGAGGCGGCCCGCCGACGCGAGUUCGCCAUCCAGUUGCUCAGCGGCUCGGGCGUUGACCCUGACUCGCUCUCCACCGACCAAUUCAACAUUUUCGCCAACCAGUCUCCCGAUCUCCAGAAAGAAUCGCUCAACAUGCUCGUCAAGUACGGCGCCGAACGGCUUCGCAUCGUACACCCUAGUAAUAGAGAUACACCGACGUCGGCUCCGCCAGACCAGGCCUCUCAGUCUACGCCGUCGGGCCCUACAACGACCAAGGAGUUGGCGCCGCAGUCGCAGGAUGAGACCGGCAAUGGGCGCAAGCCCCGUAAGCUGGGCAAGUCGCGCAAAGCCUGCUUCCGGUGCAAGGAACGCAAGGUCAAGUGUCCGCGAGAAAGGCCGUCGUGUGCCGAGUGCGAGGGUGAGCGGCUCGCGUGCGAGUACCCGCCGCAGAAGCCCAGGAAGAAGAAGCCCAAGGACAAUGCAAAUGCCAAGUCAGAAGCCACGGUCCCGGCUGACUACGAUGACGAGAGUGACGAUGCGCCGGCGGACGAAGUCGCCGAUGCGGAGGAUCAAGCCAUGGAUGACCAAGCCGAGGACGCUGCGGAAGAAGGGGUCAACGAUAUCGAUCAAGACCAUGCCGACCAAGUCGAGUACUCGGCCUACCCGCAAGUGCCGGUGUCUGAUAUGCUCACUCCAAGCGCCGAUGCCCAGAGCCAGGGCACACAUGGCGCGCCGGCAGGUCCGUACUUCCAGUCGGCGGCCUCUGACCUGGCCUUAGCCAUGCCCGAUGAGCCUUCAGUCUCUCAGCAGCUCUAUCCCACCGGGUCGGGACUGGUCCUGCCGCAGGGGACAAUGUACUACCCGCCCCCGAUGGAGCCGACAAUCGACACGGCGGCGCUGCAUGCUAACAACGGUGGCGCGAACCUAACAGUGGCUUCUCCCAAGCAGGCCAAGCAGCAAGCCAGGAACUCGCGUCGAAGCCUGCCGUCUGCCCAGUCCAACCUGCAGGCAGAAAACAGCCCGCCCGUACGCCACAGCACCGCAUCUGCGUGGGCGUCUAGUAUGGGCCAGGGCACCCACGAUCCGGCCGCACAGACGACCGCUCCCUCGAUGCCGCAACAACAGCGGGCUGCGUCGGCGCACCGAUCCCGUGGCUCGACGUCGAGGAUCCCGGCCCACUCUCCUCGCGCGCAGGACGCUGUGGCACUGUCGCAGGCUGCGCUGGAGCAGCAGAGGCAGUCUCCUGUUGCGAACAUGGCCAUGAAAGCCGAGGCCACCCGGUCGGCGUCUGUCCAGUCGGCGGAGAGGCCCCGCGCCGCGUCCCGACAGACUCAACGAGCGCAAGCCGGCACUCCUCGGGGGGCCAGGCCCGCGACGAGCGCCUUCCAACCCCCUCCGCUGUCUGUGCAACAGCAGCAGCAACCACAGGCACCGGAGCCUGUCGUUAAUCACUCGGGAGGCCACCACCGCGCUGACUCGACUAGCAACAUGAACAAUAACUCGACCGCGUUCCAAAGCUUCGGACGCUACGCGGACAACCAGGUUCGAUCCGCGACGGUGGCAUCGGCGGAGCGCAUCACGUACGAGCCGUACUCGUAUCAGCGCACCGCGAGCGCCGCCGCCGCCGCAUAUCCCACCUACGAUUACGCUCAUGGUACGACGCAGUCCGCGACAACAGCGGUAGCUACGAGCAUGUCGAUGGACAACAUGCACACGAACCUUGCGACGACAUACCCCUCGCACGCUACGAACCCGUCCGCCGCCCUCUCGGCGGCCUCGCGCGCGAGCAACAACGCCUCGCCCAGCGUGGGACGGCCCUCGUACGGCUCGCCGCAGGGGGGUUUCAACGCUCUGCCGGCGGCGUCGCAGCCCACCCGCCAGGGGGCGCGCAGCUCCCUCGGCAAGCAGCACCAUCCCCAACAGCAGCAGCAGCAGCAGCAGCAGCAGCAGCCACAGUCUCAGCACAAUCAAAGCUGGUACGGCUUUGGAGGCAACAAUAGUAGUAGUAACAACAACAACAAUCACAACCACGGCGGUGGCGGCGCUAGCAGCAGCAGUAAUGAUUACAACAACACAACACACCGCGGAGCCCAUCGUGGGCAGGAACAACAACAACAACAACAACACCAGCAGCAGCAGCAGCAGCACCAACACCACCACAAUCACGCCUACGGCUGGAAGAUGACGGAUCACUGGGGUAACGUCUCGUGAAGUGGGGGCGUGCGCCAUUCUCGGAGAGGCAGAGGCAGAAUCACAAAGUGUGGCAGGCGCGUCUCGCGUGUUCCGCGGGCAGUGGUGACGACGGCGGGGUGGUGGGGGAAAGCGAGCGAGAGCGGCGGCGUAUGAUACCUCACCAGAGACGGAGAUUGCUUCUGGCCGGCUACCACAAGCACAGAUGACUUUUACGUGCGUGAGUUUGAGGCGUUGGAGGAUAAGAACUUGUGGAAGCGUCCCGCUUGGCACGGCACCAUGGUUGUGUUGAUUGCCCUCGUCCAUGAUUCAUAUGGACGGGUAGGGGACUACAUACUCAGCAACAACGGCGGGUACUGCGCGAGCACGGAAGCUCUUUGAUCGUGCUCCGCGGAUGAGCUCUAUUCGUCUAUUAAUGGGCUCUGUUUCCCCAGCUACACUAUAUACUCCGAAAGACCCAUCGAGGUCUCGCAAUGUUGAGAGAGGAUAUUUUUUCAAGAAGCAAACGCUUGCUGAGAUGCUAGGG